GAAAUGAUCAAGUUGAAUGGAACGACUGAGAACCAGGUGACUGAAUUCCUUCUCAUUGGCAUCACAGACCGCCCUGAGCUACAGGGCCCCCUUUUCAUUGUAUUUUUCCUCAACUACGUGGCCAUAGCUCUGGGGAACUUGGGCCUCAUUAUCCUAACCAGCGUUGAUUCCCACCUCCAAACUCCCAUGUACUUUUUUCUCAGGCACCUGACAUGUUUUGAUCUUGGCUAUUCUACAGCAAUUGGUCCAAAAAUGCUGGUCAGUUUCAUAGGGGAGAAAAAUACAAUUUCUUACAAGGGGUGUGUGAUACAAAUAUUUUUCAUUGGGAUACUUAUAACCUGUGAAUUUUUUAUCCUGUCAGCCAUGGCCUAUGACCGCUAUGUGGCUAUCUGUAAGCCCCUCCUGUAUACGGUCAUCAUGUCAGACAGGGUAUGUUGGGUCUUGCUAGCUAUCUCAUACCUCCAUAGCAUUAUGGUUUCCCUCCUCAUAACAAUAAAGAUUUUUAACUUGUCAUUCUGUGAAUCUAAUAUAAUCCGGCAUUUUUACUGUGACAGUCUCCCUUUAUUGUCCAUUAUAUGUUCAGACACAAAUGAGACUGAACUCAUCAGUAUGAUUCUUUCUGCAUUUAAUUUGAUUUCUUCUCUCUUGAUUAUCCUUGCCUCCUAUAUGAUUAUUCUUGUGACCAUCCUCAGGAUUAACUCUGCUGAAAGUAGGCAGAAAGCCUUCUCCACCUGUGGCUCCCAUCUCACGGUAGUAACUGUGUUUUAUGGAACACUUCUCUUCACGUACCUGCAACCCCAAUCAAGCCACUCUUUGGACACAGACAAAAUAGCCUCUGUGUUUUACACUCUGGUAAUGCCCAUGCUCAACCCUUUGAUCUAUAGCUUGAGGAACAAAGAGGUGAAAGGAGCCUUGAAAAGACUCUUUAAACAAUUGAUGUAA